AUUUUCAUCUUUCCAAUCUUAGACGUUUAGAUUAUUUCUCCCGUGGACAUCAGCAUCAUUUUUCUUGGACGCUUUCAUCUGCUCGUGUCCGUCUGGCAGUCCGCCAUUUGGCCUGGCUCAUCUCCCAGGACACCCCCCCCCCCUCCUUCCCACGAGAUACCGGUCCUUUGAGAGGUUUCACCCUGGCGGGCACCAUUCCGGUCAAGGGGGAAGAGGACUUCCUGACGCUGGCCGCUUCCCGGCUCAGCCGCAGGAAACGCGUGAUCGGAGCGGCGGUCGGCGUCGCCAUGGUUCUGAUCCUGCUGGUGGCCAUCCCUCUGCUGGUGCACACAACCAAAGGGGGGACGGCAGGAAGCGAUGGCAGCCAUUAUGAAAUGCUGGGAAGCUGCAGGAUGGUUUGCGGUCCCUACGCCACUUCUCAGCCGGGCCAGGAAUUAACGGCGGUGUCCCCGCCACCCCAGGAUUAUUCUGGGAAGAAGAUUAAGUCGGGCAUACGGGGCCCACCGGGGAUCCCCGGCCCCCCGGGAGCACGUGGGCCUCCAGGGGAGCCAGGCAAGCCGGGGCCCCAAGGUCCCCCGGGUCCGGGUCCUGGCGGCUACUCCCCUUCCCUCUACACUCCCAAAAUCGCCUUUUACGCCGGGCUCCGCAAGCAGCACGAGGGCAGCGAAAUACUCAAGUUUGACGACGUGGUCACCAACGUAGGGAACUACUACGAGCCCAGCACCGGCAAGUUCACCUGCCCGCUGCCCGGCAUUUACUUCUUCACCUACCACGUGCUAAUGAGGGGCGGGGACGGCACCAGCAUGUGGGCGGACCUGAAGAAGAACGGACUGGUAAGAGCCAGCGCCAUCGCUCAAGACGCUGAUCAGAAUUACGACUAUGCCUCCAAUAGUGUGAUCCUGCACUUGGACGUGGGGGAUGAGGUGUGUGUGCAGCUGGAUGGCGGCAAGGUCCACGGAGGCAACACAAACAAGUACAGCACCUUCUCUGGCUUCCUCAUCUACCCAGACUGAGAAUAGCGGCUCCAAAAUAUACAUUAUUAUAUAAUAAUACAAUAAUAUACAGACCUCAACAUGCGCAACCCAUGCAUGUAAUCCUACACAUCAUGUCUUUACAUACAUGCAUGCAUGCAAGCGCCCGCCAACACACGCACACACACAUGGUUAAUAAAUGCUAAUAAAGUGGGGAAUCAAAGGGAACGUAACAAUGACGUGAUUUAUAUGAGGGACAUUAAACCUCCGUUGUGUGGCUCUCAAAUGCAGUAAUCCAAAAUAUUCUAAUGUGAUCCAUAUUCAUUUUGUAUUAUUUAUGCAAUAAUUGUCUUGGCAUUAAUCAUGACCAAAGCUGCUUUCAUUUCACUUACACCGUGUUCGUUUCAACAUUUCCUCUGUGCCAAAUCAAUUCCCUGGCCUGAACUUUAGGUACACCCCCCCGGUGAAUAAACAUACAACAACAAUAGAAGACAUGUAUUAAAAAUACAAGUAGAAAACAAUCCUGCUAACGUUUGUCACAGAUGUGUUUAUCAUUGUCGCUGCACGUUAAACUGCACUGCAUCCAAAGGAAGGUUGCUUGUAAUAUUUGGUGAGUAUAAUAUUAUUUAACAAUUAGUAACGUGUGUUGUUAAAUUCCCAUCUCUCAGAGUAUGACAAUGACAAAUCUUGUAGUGGACCUCAUUUGUUUGUGCAGGUGUACCUUUUUUUUAUUUAUUUGGCCAAUGUCACAAACCUGCACGGUGUAUGAGUGGUUAGCGUGUAGCCCCCACAGUCAGGAGAUCGGAAAGACCAGGGUUCGGAAUCUCCACUUGGGAUCUCUGUGUGGUUUCCUCCCGCAUUCCAAAAACAUCCAAGUUAUGUUCCUCUCACCUGAAGUGGGGAUGAGCAGCAAAGAGAGCGGAUGGAUGGAACGUCACAAAGGAAAAAGGAAUCAGCAUCUUUUAUAACUGGAGCUGUGUGUGAUGAGUGCAUUGUUUACAUUAUGUAUACAUUAUGUGUAUAAAUGGAUACAGUAUAUAAUAUAAGGACGCGCCAAAGUGUUUAACCCCCAUUAAAUGUUGUACAGUUCAUUACACCAACGUGUUUAUUUAUUCGUUUUGUCUUUAUGUAAUAUAUAGAGUAUAAUGAUG